AUGUCGUCAUAUUCCGGCCUGCACUCAGUUCUACCUCUCCCGAACACCCCCGUAAAACCCAUUCACACGCUCGCCUGCCGCAUCCAAACGGAUCCCUAUGGCCCUCGCACUCAUUAUCAUUAUCCACCUCCUGACGCCCCGCCCUUCGAACCCGGUUCACUCCUGACUUCAUCCAUCAAUCAGUCAGCCAAACCCGCUCGCCGGGGUCUGCACCCCUCACAGCAGUUACUCCCCACUCCUCGAAGUGACCCCCCAUACAAGAAACGACAAGCAACCCCUCACGGCAUUUCGACUCCACACUGCACUCGGAACUCCCCUGCACCAAUCAACCGUGUAACGAUCCAAAUCAUCUCCGCCUUGCUGUCUCCUCUCCACUCACGACAGGUACCUUCCUCUCACGUCCAACGACGGGUACGCAUAUCGCACUUGAGUCCGACGCCCCUCCGCCUCGGUCCGCGCACAGUGCCUACCCACUCCAAUCCCCUGAUCGGCCGACCGACAAGGUUCCUUCUCCAUCUCGUCCACUGGUUCCGUCUCAUCUCUCGCAUACCUCCGAUCAAUCGCGGCGAAACACCAGGCCCAGGUCGUCACAAAUCCAGCGUCUCUGCCCCCAGAGCACCAGACCGCCCUCUCACGCGCGAAGCGGUCGAGCUAUCUCGAACUGGCUCGGUCUCUCCUCCACCAACUCCAUAUCCAUCCCGCCACCCCCUACCAGGGAACAGCGGUUCUAUCGCACGCAACGCCUCGCCCACCCCAAAACCCCUUAGUCCCGCAGGACGGCACUCUCAGCUCACCCCGUUCGGUCCACACCCCACCGUCCGCUCCCCCCCCAUAUCCUACCACCCUCCUUCGUACGACCAUCCGUGUCGUACAUCACGCACCACUUCGCAGUCCGCGUCGAAUGACCCUCGACUCGGACACGACGACACGCUGGGAACCGGUCUUCACGAUCAGGGACCCGGCAUCCCCAUCGCCGUGUCGGAGCGCCUUUCGCCGCGCCCUCGCAUACCCAGCUCCCUCGGCCGUGUCAACCUCCAGUCAAAGCUAUCCACCACGCACGAGUGCAGCCCAAACACCAAUCAUCGAGAAGUUCACCUUGGGCUCCGCCUCGGACACACGCACCGGCCUGCCGUACUCACGUCUCCCAUAACGACACCUCGCGAACAAGUACUCUCUCCCCACGCCCUACCCCCUUAUCAAUACCUCCCGCGCGAACUCGCCACCCGAGCCCACGAAGCGGCUCCCAGUUUCCACAACCUAUCCUCCUACUCCCCUCCAGGUCGCUCACCAUAUUACCCGCCCUCCUCCGCCCUCCCCUUCAUCCAGCAUCUCACUCACCAACACCUCAAGUGA